AUGCAUCUUGUCGCAAGGAUGGACCAGGAUAUUCUCCAUGGAGGAUCAUUCUGGUCUCUCCAACCAAUCUUCCAAGCCGAAGUUCCCUUCUUCUGGCGGAAACGAAGACGUAUCUCCCUGGAGGAUCUACCAGUGGAGAUCUUCACUGCAAUCUGCCGCAAUCUAUGUGUGCAUUGUCAGCAUGCACAUGUUGUCGAUCUCCCGCCUGACGAGAUUGACCACGCCAUCGAGGCCCAGCAGGCAUUAUCACGGCUGAGCCGUACAUGUCGAAGAUUUCGCAAUACUGCGCAACCUAUCUUGUAUCACUGUUAUCACUCAGGGCGACAGUCUGACCCGUCAAGUAGUCCCGAGUGGCGGGUUGAUACGGAUGCUAGACUACGGGAGGUUGAGACUCUGGAGACGUUUCUUCGGACAUUACUCGAGCGACCUGACCUGGCGAAGCAUGUGCGGGCGUUGGCAUUCUUUGCUUUAAGAGAGGUUACCGCUCGUCAAAUCCCCCAAGCUACGCAGGAUCUAUUUCGACAAGCCGGUGAACGCGCUGGAUUCCGCGCUUUGCCCUCAUACGAGCAAGUUGACUCAAAGUGGCUACAAGAAGCCUCUAUCAUGGCUGCACCAUUUGUGGAGCAACUUCUCAUCUACAGAUCAUCUUCAGAGGGGUUACAGUACAUAAGAGACUCACCAUUCUAUCUACCAAAUCUCAAAUAUCUGGUAUUACCCGGCCAGGGGAAGAAUCCGGAUGAGUGCUGUCACAUACAACAAAUGCAGGAUGUCUUGGCCAAAGCACAAAACCUCGAGAUACUAGCAGCCAGUGAUGCCGACUGCGGAACAGAUAUCCCUUUACGUGAGCGCUUUCGAGCAGAGCCUUGGGACACUGCUCUCUCAAGCCUUCGCCGACUCUCACUUCAUGGCCUAGAUCCAGAAAAUCUGGCCAAAAUCCUUCGACGCAGCCCAGUCCUUGAGGACUUGGAGUAUUUCUGCGACAUGGACAAGUAUACGAUACUUCAGCAUAAUCAUCUCGUCCCUGUUAAAAAGUCAUUGCGACGGCUAUGCUACACCACCACGACAUGGGAACACACAUCCGGCGGCGCACAAGACAUCAUAGAACAAGUAUCCAUGUUCCUCCGCUGGGACUCUUCAUUGCGAGGUGAUGCCAGCUUCGUAAACUUCCCGCGUCUAGAGAUUCUAGAGAUAGAGCAACUUCUACUCUACGGACCUGUGUUCGACGAUGAAGAAGAGCGACAACGACGCUUCGAGUCAAUGAGAGACAUCGGCCCUGAAAUAUUUAUGGCCAGUCUUCCCUCAUCAUUACGCAUCCUCCAUAUAGGAAUGGUGCUUGCAUGGCCAGAGAUGCAUCGCGAUUUAUUGGGCAUGGCAGAGAAGAUAUACCGAUUCCCAAACUUGAGUGUUGUUGCUGUGGACCCUUAUGAAGCACCACCGAAAGAGCAGAUCAAGGAACUUGGGGAAAAGUUUGGAUCGAAGGGAGUCACUUUUAGGAUUGGACAAACGACGCAGGUGCCGUUUGGCAGGGGUAUGUUGGGUGUUAGGCCAGGCCAUCCAGGAAGAUCAAGUGAGAGGGACCUCAAGUUCCCGUUGAAUCAUGAGAAUCAUUCAUACUUGGACCUUUUAGAUUUCUAA